GGCCAGCACUACCACAUUAACAAAAAUUUUCAAGUGCCGAACAGACGCGUUCCCUACGAGGAGAAUAAUUCGCAGGAAAACAACCAAAUUACGCUUCGAUUCCGUGGUCGCAAUCAUUCCCAUCGCGGCAGAAACCCCAGUGCCUAGAGCAUUUUCGCAAGCGCAUCUAGCAAACAGCAGAAAAAUCGAUUGAACUGAAAUGGCUGGCGGCAAAGCAGGCAAGGAUUCCGGAAAGGCCAAGGCGAAGGCGGUAUCGCGAUCGGCGCGCGCGGGUCUCCAGUUCCCCGUGGGUCGUAUCCACCGCCACCUGAAGAGUCGCACCACAUCCCACGGACGUGUCGGAGCCACGGCAGCCGUCUACUCCGCUGCCAUAUUGGAAUAUUUGACCGCCGAGGUUCUGGAGUUGGCAGGCAACGCAUCAAAGGAUCUUAAAGUGAAACGUAUCACGCCGCGCCACUUACAGCUCGCCAUUCGCGGAGACGAGGAGCUGGACAGCCUGAUCAAGGCAACUAUUGCCGGCGGCGGUGUCAUUCCGCACAUACACAAGUCGCUGAUCGGCAAGAAAGAGGACACAGUGCAGGAUCCGCAGCGAAAGGGCAACGUCAUUCUGUCGCAGGCCUACUAGGCCAGCCCAGUCCGCACCUUUUUUGAAAGUAAUUUUAAAUUCAGAUUUCAGCAGAGACAAGCUAACAAACCGACGAGUUGUAAUCAUUUCUGUGCGCAAGCACACACUUCUUAUAUACAACGUAAUACAUAAAUAUGUAAUUCUAGCAUCUGCCCAACACUCACAAGCAUAUAAACAUACAAACAAAAACAAAAAAAAAA